GGAAUAUACUGCUUCAUGUGUCAAGACUAUAUCUAUGACAAAGACAUGGAACAGAUUGCCAAAGAAGAACAGAGAAAAGCCUGGAAAUUACAAGGUGUGGGUGAGAAAUACUCAACAUGGGAGCCCACUAAGAGAGAGCUAGAAUUACUAAGGCACAAUCCAAAACGCAGGAAAAUCACGUCAAACUGCACCAUAGGUUUAAGGGGUUUGAUAAACCUGGGCAACACGUGUUUCAUGAACUGCAUUGUCCAGGCGCUCACACACACGCCCCUGCUGCGGGACUUUUUCCUUUCCGACAGACACAAGUGCGAGAUGCAAUCAAACUCCUGUCUCGUUUGUGAGAUGUCUCAGCUGUUUCAGGAGUUUUACUCGGGUCAUCGCUCUCCUCACAUUCCCUUCCGGUUGUUGCAUCUGGUGUGGACGCACGCGCGGCACCUUGCUGGCUACGAGCAACAGGACGCUCACGAGUUCCUCAUCGCCGCCCUCGACGUCCUGCAUCGGCACUGUAAAGGCGACGACAAUGGAAAGAAGGCCAACAACCCAAACCACUGUAACUGCAUCAUUGACCAAAUCUUCACCGGCGGCCUCCAGUCAGACGUCACCUGUCAAGUCUGCCAUGGUGUUUCCACGACGAUAGACCCCUUCUGGGAUAUCAGUCUGGACUUGCCCGGGUCAUCCACGCCCUUCUGGCCGUUGAGCCCAGGCAGCGAUGGUGGCGUGGUCAACGGAGAGAGUCACCUGACCGGCUCCACCACUCUGACAGACUGCCUACGCAGGUUCACAAGGCCUGAGCAUCUAGGAAGCAGUGCCAAAAUCAAAUGCGGUGGUUGUCAUAGUUACCAGGAGUCCACUAAACAGUUGACGAUGAAGAAGCUCCCCAUUGUAGCGUGUUUUCAUCUCAAACGGUUUGAACACUCAGCAAAGUUGCGGAGGAAGAUCACUACUUACGUCUCCUUCCCUUUAGAGCUGGAUAUGACGCCUUUCAUGGCUUCCAGUAAGGAGAGCAAAAUGAACGGCCAGUACCAGCAAGCAGUAGAUCUGUUAAACAACGACAAUAAGUAUUCCUUGUUUGCAGUUGUAAAUCACCAAGGCACCCUGGAGAGCGGACACUACACUAGCUUCAUCCGCCAGCACAAGGACCAGUGGUUUAAAUGUGACGAUGCCAUUAUAACCAAAGCCAGCAUUAAAGACGUGCUGGACAGUGAAGGGUAUCUCUUAUUUUACCAUAAACAGUUCCUUGAGUACGAGUAGCCUUACAUAUAUCUGCUGACUGUGGAACGCUCAGCACACGAGACCAGAG